CGCAGAGCUUCGGAUCUCAGGUAGAAGCGCUGGCGCAGCUCCUGCUGGAUGCGAACGCGCCCGCCGUCGGUGUGGAUGUGAGCGGCUGCGUAACAGUCUGGAACAAGCGCUUGGCCGACAUUACGGGCUUCCAGGCCGAGCGCGUGCUGGGCCGCCCCAUUUCCGACUUCGUGUAUGGGGCCCAGCGCAAGAGCGAGAUCGCGGCCGUCGUGGCCGCCUGCGUCGCCGACAAGCGACCGGUGUUGGAAUUGCGUGUGCCGCUGCUCACGACUACGGGGAGGAACGCAGAAAUUCUGACCAAUAUGACGCCGUUGCUGGCCGAGGACGGCACGUGUGUGGGUGUCUACGGCGUCGGCCAGGACGUGACGGAGUGGGCCAUCCAAGAGAAACAGUAUGCCACCGUCAUGAUGCAAGCUAACGCGCCCAUCAUUGAGCUGGACAAGGAAGGGAAUAUCACAGUGUGGAACUCCAAGACGGAGUCCAUGACGGGCUACGCUAGUGUCGACAUGUUGGGCGAACCACUACUACCUGUUGUAGACGAGAGUUUCCGGAAGAUCGUCUCGGAAAAGAUUGAACAGGCGCUCUCGGGCAUUGCCGGCGCAGAUUUCGAGUUGCCUUUGGUGACAGCAAGAGGGUCAAGAGUCGAGAUUGUGCUGUGCUUGACGCCGAGAUUUGAUACUUUGGGAUCGGUGAUGGGGGUCGUUGCUAUCGGACAAGAUGUGACGGAGAGGAAUACUAAGGAGAUGGAGUACAAGAAGCUCAUCGAGACGGCCAACGCACCGAUCUUUGGCGUGGAUACGGAAGGCCGCGUGGUGAUUUUUAACGCUAAGGCAGCACAGAUCAGUGAAUACGCACCCGACGAGGUUAUGGGCGUGGAUCUGGUCGAUACGCUCAUCUCGGAAGAUUUCCGGUCAGAAGUGGCUGCUGUAUUCCAGAGAGCAUUUCAGGGAAUUGAGACCGCAAACUUUGAGUUCCCGUUGGUCACGAAGACUGGUCGAAAAGUGGAGCUUCUGCUGAACGCCACUCCGCGCUACGACCACACAGGACAACUCGUGGGUGUGGUCGGUAUUGGCCAGGAUAUCACGGAUCGUAUUAUCCAGGAGAAGGAGUACAGCCGGCUGAUUGAUACUGCUAAUGCUCCGAUCUUUGGAGUCGACUGUAACUGCGAAGUGAUCAUUUGGAAUAAGAAGGCAGCAGCUAUCACAGAUUAUACCAACGAAGACACAAUUGGCCAGAAGAUCUUCAAGUUCAUAUCCGAGGACUAUCGUGAUGUUGUUGGGAAGGUUCUUUCGAAAGCUAUGGAGGGCGAAGGGACUGCAAACUUUGACUUUCCGUUGAUCACGAAGAGUGGACGGCGAUUGGACAUUCUACUGAACGCCACGCCUAAGUACGACCACUUCGGCAACAUUUGCGGAGCCGUGGGAAUCGGCCAGGAUAUCACGGACAGACGUGCUCAAGAGCAGGAGUACACUCGUCUAAUUGAUACUGCUAAUGCGCCCAUUUUCGGAGUGGAUGAGAAUGGCUGCGUGAAUAUCUGGAACCGGAAAGCUGCGGACACUACGCAGUACUCGAACGAAGAGGUACUUGGAGUUAAUUUGGUUGAAAAUUUCAUUCCGGACGACUUCCAGGAGGCCGUGUGGACUGUGCUAUCGGAAGCACUGAAAGGGCAGGAGACAGCCAACUUCGAGUUCCCGCUGAUUACGAAAGAUGGCCGUCGUGUGGAGAUCUUGCUCAACGCCACCCCACGUUACAAUGAGAAGGGAGUUGUGAUUGGUGUUGUUGGUAUCGGGCAAGAUAUUACAGUUCGUAUGGCUCAAGAAAAGGAGACCAAUCGGCUUAUCCACUCGGCAAACGCUCCGAUUUUCGGAGUCGACCAGGAUGGCCGUGUGAAUAUCUGGAAUCUAAAGGUGGCAGAGAUAACCCAGUUCUCGUCUCAAGAAAUCAUGGGAAAAGAUCUGGUGAAUCGGUUCGUUGCGGAAGAUCAUCGCGAAUCAGUCGGUUUAUUGUUGCGGAAGGCUCUUCAAGGCGAGCAAACUGGCAACUUUGAUUUCCCUAUUAUUACGAAGACUGGACGGCGCGUCGAAAUCUUGCUGAAUGCCACUCCUCGAUACGACGAACUGGGACAGAUUUUCGGUGUGAUGGGUAUUGGCCAGGACAUCACAGAGCGUAUUGCGCAAGAGCAAGAGUACAUUCGCUUGAUCGAUACGGCUAAUGCUCCGAUCUUUGGCGUCGAUUCUGAAGGCCGCGUGAAUAUUUGGAAUAAAAAGGCUGCAGAGAUUAUGCAGUACACGACGGAUGCCGUGAUGGGCGAGAAACUGGUGGAGAAGUACAUCACCAAGGAUUACCAAGAUGCAGUGAGAAAUGUGCUGUCUGAAGCUUUGAAUGGCGUCGAGACGGCCAACUUUGAGUUCCCAUUGAUCACGAAGGCCGGUCGACGAGUUGAGAUUUUGUUGAAUGCCACGCCGCGUUAUAACGAGCACGGUGCUGUAAUCGGUAUGGUCGGCAUCGGACAAGAUAUCACGGAUCGAAUUGCACAAGAGCAAGAGUAUAUGAGGCUGAUUGACACUGCGAAUGCCCCAAUCUUCGGUGUAGAUAUCAAUGGACGUGUGAACAUUUGGAACAGGAAGGCGGCGGAGACCACCCAGUACACAAACGCAGAAGUGCUGGGCAAGGAUCUAGUUGCCGAGUUCAUUUCGGAGGAGUACAAGGUGCCUGUGCGUAGCGUGUUGGAGAAGGCCUUCCAAGACGUCGAAACAGCAAAUUUCGAGUUCCCGCUAAUUACGAAGGCUGGUCGUCGUGUGGAGAUCUUGCUGAACGCCACUCCGAGAUACAAUGAGCAGGGCCAGGUGAUGGGAAUGGUGGGAAUCGGCCAAGAUAUCACCGUGCGAAUGGCGCAAGAGAAAGAAAAGAACCGGAUGAUUCACUCGGCCAACGCUCCAAUCUUUGGUGUGGACCAGGACGGACUUGUGAAUAUUUGGAAUCUUAAGGUAGCGGAGAUCACUCAAUUUUCGUCCGAGGAAGUGAUGGGACAAGAUCUGGUAAACCGUUUUGUGGCUGAGGAUCAUCGAGAUGAAGUGAAUUUUAACUUGCGGAAGGCUCUCGAAGGAAAGCCGACGGGCAACUUCGAUUUCCCUCUCAUCACGAAGACUGGAAGAAGAGUUGAGAUUCUGCUCAAUGCUACUCCUCGGUACGACGAACUGGGACAGAUUUUUGGUGUUACUGGAAUCGGCCAAGACAUCACGGAGCGUAUUGCGCAGGAACAGGAGUAUAUCCGCUUGAUUGAUACGGCUAACGCUCCAAUCUUCGGUGUUAAUUCUGAAGGUCGAGUGAAUAUCUGGAACAAGAAGGCUGCAAGUAUUAUGCAGUACACGACGGAUGCCGUGAUGGGCGAGAAACUGGUGGAGAAGUAUAUCACCAAGGACUACCAGGAGGCAGUGAGUAACGUGCUGUCGGAGGCUUUGAAUGGUGUCGAGACGGCCAACUUUGAGUUCCCAUUGAUCACGAAGGCCGGUCGACGAGUUGAGAUUUUGCUGAAUGCCACGCCGAGAUACAACGAGCAUGGUGCAGUGAUCGGUAUGGUCGGUAUUGGACAAGAUAUCACGGACCGUAUUGCACAGGAGCAGGAAUACACGCGACUGAUUGACACCGCGAACGCUCCGAUCUUUGGAGUGGAUAUCAACGGACGUGUGAACAUCUGGAAUCGUAAGGCUGCUGACAUUAUGCAGUAUACGAAUGAGGAUGUAUUGGGCAAGGACCUGGUUGCUGAGUUUAUUUCGGAGGAGUACAAGGUGCCUGUGCGCAGCGUGUUGGAGAAGGCUUUUGAAGGUAUUGAAACAGCCAACUUUGAGUUCCCGCUGAUCACGAAGGCUGGCCGUCGGGUGGAGAUUCUUCUGAACGCUACUCCACGCUACAAUGAGCGUGGUGAGGUCAUGGGUAUGGUGGGUAUCGGCCAGGAUAUCACGGAGCGCAUUGCCCAGGAGGAAGAGUACAGUCGCCUGAUAGACACGGCCAAUGCUCCAAUUUUUGGUGUGGAUAUCAACGGACGUGCCUUUGAGGGUGUUGAGACUGCGAACUUCGAGUUUCCAUUGAUCACGAGAGCUGGUCGGCGCGUCGAGAUCUUGUUGAAUGCUACUCCUCGAUACAAUGAGCGUGGAGAGGUCAUGGGGAUGGUUGGUAUUGGUCAGGAUAUCACCGAUCGUAUUGCCCAGGAACAGGAGCACAGUCGAAUGAUUGAUACGGCAAAUGCUCCGAUCUUUGGUGUUGACACCGAUGGGAGAGUUAACAUCUGGAAUCGGAAGGCAGCUGACAUCAUGCAGUAUACCAACGAGGAUGUUCUUGGCAAGAACUUGGUAGAGCAGUUUAUCUCUGAAGAAUACCGUGUCGCCGUGCGAAGUGUUCUCGAGAAAGCUUUCGAGGGAGUCGAAACUGCGAACUUCGAGUUCCCGUUGAUCACAAGAGCCGGUCGUCGUGUGGAAAUCUUGUUGAAUGCGACGCCUCGCUACAAUGAGCGCGGCGAGGUCAUGGGAAUGGUUGGUAUUGGCCAGGAUAUCACAGAGCGCAUCGCCCAGGAGCAAGAGUACAGCCGUCUGAUCGACACGGCCAACGCUCCGAUCUUUGGUGUGGAUAUCAAUGGCCGUGUGAAUAUUUGGAACCGUAAGGCUGCUCAUAUCAUGCAGUAUACCAACGAAGAUGUGCUGGACAAGGAUUUGGUGGCUGAAUUCAUUUCGGAGGAGUACAAGGUGCCUGUUCGAAGUGUGUUGGAGAAGGCAUUCGAAGGCGUGGAGACGGCAAAUUUCGAGUUCCCUCUUAUUACAAAGGCAGGUCGACGAGUGGAGAUUUUGCUGAAUGCUACUCCGCGCUACAACGAGCAUGGUGAGGUUAUGGGCAUGGUUGGUAUUGGCCAGGAUAUCACGGAGCGCAUCGCGCAGGAGCAAGAGUACACACGUCUCAUUGAUACAGCCAACGCUCCGAUUUUCGGAGUAGACAUCAACGGCCACGUGAAUAUUUGGAAUCGAAAGGCAGCCCAUAUCAUGCAGUACACAAAUGAGGACGUGCUGGGUAAAGACUUGGUAGCUGAGUUCAUCUCGAACGAGUACAAGGUGCCUGUGCGUAGUGUACUGGAGAAGGCGUUCGAGGGCAUCGAAACUGCCAACUUUGAGUUCCCAUUGAUCACGAAGGCUGGCCGUCGGGUGGAGAUUCUUCUGAACGCCACACCUCGUUACAAUGAACGUGGAGAGGUCAUGGGUAUGGUAGGUAUUGGUCAGGAUAUUACGGAACGUAUUGCUCAGGAGGAAGAGUACAGUCGCCUGAUCGACACGGCCAAUGCACCAAUUUUCGGUGUGGAUAUCAAUGGACGUGUGAACAUUUGGAAUCGUAAGGCUGCUGACAUCAUGCAGUACACGAAUGAGGAUGUGUUGGGCAAGGACCUGGUUGCUGAGUUCAUUUCGAAGGAGUAUAAGGUACCUGUUCGUAGUGUUCUUGAAAAGGCCUUUGAGGGUGUUGAGACUGCGAACUUCGAGUUUCCAUUGAUCACGAGAGCUGGCCGUCGCGUCGAGAUCUUGUUGAAUGCUACUCCUCGAUAUAACGAGCGUGGAGAGGUUAUGGGGAUGGUUGGUAUUGGUCAGGAUAUCACCGAUCGUAUUGCCCAGGAGCAGGAAUACACGCGAUUAAUCGACUCGGCUAAUGCUCCGAUCUUUGGUGUGGACGUGAACGGCUGCGUGAAUAUCUGGAACAAGAAAGCUGCGGAGAUCACGCAGUACACGCCGAACGAUGUGAUGGGUGAGAACUUGGUGGAGAAGUUUAUCACGGAAGAUUACCGUAAGGCAGUUGGACUUGUUCUUUCGAAGGCUCUAGAUGGAGUUGAAACAGCUAACUUCGAGUUCCCAUUGAUGACCAAGGCAGGAAGACGAGUGGAGAUCCUGCUGAAUGCUACGUCAAGGUUCAACGAACAUGGAGAAGUCAUUGGUAUGGUCGGUAUCGGUCAAGAUAUCACUGAACGUAUUGCCCAGGAGCAGGAGUACACUCGCUUGAUUGACACUGCGAACGCCCCGAUUUUUGGUGUCGACAUCAACGGUCGUGUGAAUAUCUGGAACCGAAAGGCGGCCGAAACUACCCAGUACACGAACGCAGAAGUACUGGGUAAGGAUUUAGUGGCUGAGUUUAUCUCGAAGGAGUACAAGGUGCCAGUGCGGAGUGUGCUGGAGAAAGCUUUCGAAGGUGUGGAGACGGCAAAUUUCGAGUUCCCGCUUAUCACGAAGGCUGGCCGACGAGUGGAGAUUUUGUUGAAUGCUACACCCCGCUAUAACGAGCAUGGCGAGGUUAUGGGCAUGGUCGGUAUUGGUCAGGAUAUCACGGAACGCAUCGCUCAGGAACAGGAGUACACGCGCUUGAUCGACACUGCAAACGCGCCCAUUUUUGGUGUGGAUAUAAACGGUCACGUGAACAUUUGGAACCGGAAAGCGGCCGACAUUAUGCAGUACUCGAACGAAGAUGUGUUGGGCAAGGAUUUGGUGGUUGAGUUCAUCUCCAACGAGUACAAGGUGCCAGUGCGAAGCGUCUUGGAGAAAGCUUUUGAAGGUAUCGAAACAGCCAACUUCGAGUUCCCGUUGAUAACGAAGGCGGGUCGCCGCGUGGAAAUCCUUCUAAACGCAACACCUCGCUACAACGAGCGUGGUGAAGUGAUGGGUAUGGUCGGUAUUGGCCAGGAUAUCACGGAGCGUAUUGCUCAGGAACAAGAAUACAGUCGCUUGAUCGAUACGGCCAACGCCCCGAUCUUUGGUGUCGACAUAAACGGUCACGUGAACAUUUGGAAUCGCAAGGCAGCUCAUAUCAUGCAGUACACGAACGAGGAUGUGUUGGGCAAGGACCUGGUUGCAGAGUUCAUCUCGAACGAAUACAAGGUGCCAGUGCGUAGUGUUCUUGAGAAGGCGUUCGAAGGUGUCGAGACUGCAAACUUCGAGUUCCCGCUGAUCACGAAGGCUGGUCGGCGUGUUGAAAUUCUGCUGAACGCGACUCCUCGUUACAACGAGCACGGUGAAGUGAAGGGCAUGGUUGGUAUCGGUCAGGAUAUCACGGAGCGUAUUGCGCAGGAACAGGAGUACAGCCGUUUGAUUGACACGGCCAAUGCCCCGAUCUUUGGUGUGGAUAUCAACGGACACGUCAACAUCUGGAACCGGAAGGCUGCCGAUAUUAUGCAGUACACGAAUGAGGACGUGUUGGGUAAAGAUUUGGUGGCUGAGUUCAUCUCGAAGGAGUACAAGGUGCCUGUACGCAGCGUACUGGAGAAAGCUUUCGAAGGCAUCGAGACUGCUAACUUUGAGUUCCCGUUGAUCACGAAGGCUGGUCGGCGUGUGGAAAUUCUACUGAACGCGACACCUCGUUACAAUGAACGCGGUGAAGUCAUGGGAAUGGUAGGAAUUGGUCAGGAUAUUACGGAACGUAUUGCCCAAGAGGAAGAGUAUAGUCGCCUGAUAGACACGGCCAAUGCACCAAUUUUCGGUGUGGAUAUCAACGGCUGUGUCAACAUCUGGAAUCGUAAAGCUGCUGACAUCAUGCAGUAUACGAAUGAAGAUGUGUUGGGCAAGGACCUGGUUGCUGAAUUCAUUUCGAAGGAGUACAAGGAACCUGUACGUAGUGUCCUGGAGAAGGCGUUCGAAGGUGUCGAAACUGCCAAUUUCGAGUUCCCGUUGAUCACGAAGGCUGGUCGCCGCGUUGAGAUUCUACUGAACGCAACACCCCGCUACAAUGAACGUGGAGACGUUAUGGGCAUGGUGGGUAUCGGUCAGGAUAUCACGGAACGCAUCGCUCAAGAACAAGAGUACAGUCGCCUGAUCGAUACGGCUAAUGCUCCGAUUUUUGGUGUGGAUACGAACAUGCGCAUCAACAUUUUCAACCGCAAGGCGCAGCAGAUUACCAACUUUUCGUCGGAAGAGUUGGUGGGUGAAAUGUAUGUGGAGACUAUCAUCUCGCAGGAGUUCAAGGCCGUCACGUACGACAUCAUGUGCAAAGCGCUGCAGGGUAAUGAGACCGCCAGCUUCGAGUUGGCGCUUACUACCAAGACCGGUCGUAAGGUGAACAUUCUUUUGAAUGCCACGGCUCGCUUCGAUCAGCAUGGCCAGAUCGUCGGUGUCGUGGGUAUUGGUCAGGAUAUCACCGAUCGAAUUGCCCAGGAGCAGGAAUACACGAGAUUAAUCGACUCGGCCAACGCUCCGAUCUUCGGUGUGGACGUGAACGGCUGCGUGAAUAUCUGGAACAAGAAAGCUGCGGAGAUCACGCAGUACACGCCGAACGAUGUGAUGGGUGAGAACUUGGUGGAGAAGUUUAUCACGGAAGACUAUCGCGAGGCUGUUGGGCUCGUGUUUUCCAAGGCGUGUGAGGGAACGGAGACCGCUAACUUUGAGUUCCCAUUGAUGACUAAGGCUGGUAGACGAGUGGAGAUCCUGCUAAAUGCUACGUCGAGGUUCAAUGAGAUUGGCGAAGUGAUGGGAGUUGUGGGUAUUGGUCAGGAUAUCACCGAACGUAUCGCCCAGGAGCAGGAGUACACUCGCUUGAUUGACACUGCGAACGCCCCGAUUUUUGGUGUCGACAUCAAUGGUCGUGUCAAUAUCUGGAACCGAAAGGCGGCCGAAACCACCCAGUACACAAACGCAGAAGUACUGGGUAAGGAUUUGGUGGCUGAGUUCAUCUCGAAUGAGUACAAAAUGCCUGUCCGCAGUGUCUUGGAGAAGGCUUUUGAAGGUAUUGAAACGGCCAACUUCGAAUUCCCGUUAAUCACGAAAGCUGGUCGCCGCGUGGAAAUCCUUUUGAAUGCUACCCCGCGAUACAACGAGCAUGGUGAGGUGAUGGGUAUGGUUGGCAUUGGUCAGGAUAUUACAGAACGCAUCGCCCAAGAGCAAGAGUACACGCGCUUGAUUGAUACAGCAAAUGCUCCGAUUUUCGGUGUGGAUAUCAACGGCCACGUGAACAUUUGGAACCGCAAGGCAGCUCAUAUCAUGCAGUACACGAACGAGGAUGUGCUGGGUAAGGAUUUGGUCGCGGAGUUCAUCUCAGAGGAGUACAAGGUGCCCGUGCGCAGUGUGUUGGAGAAAGCCUUCGAAGGUGUAGAGACUGCGAACUUUGAGUUCCCAUUGAUCACGAAAGCUGGUCGUCGUGUAGAAAUCUUGCUGAACGCGACACCGCGUUACAACGAACACGGUGAAGUGAAGGGCAUGGUUGGUAUCGGCCAGGACAUCACAGAACGCAUCGCUCAGGAACAGGAGUACAGUCGCUUGAUCGAUACGGCAAAUGCUCCGAUCUUCGGUGUGGAUGCCAACAUGUGCGUCAAUAUCUGGAACAGGAAGGCCGCUCAGAUCACGAACUAUUCGAUUGGAGAGGUGAUGGGCGAGAACCUUGUGGAGACGUUUAUUUCGCCCGAGUUCCGACCGAUCGUGGCUGAAGUGUUGUCGCAAGCUCUUACAGGAGUAGAGACUGCGAACUUUGAGUUCCCACUGAUUACCCGACCAGGCACGAGAAUCGAGAUCUUGCUGAACGCGACGCCGCGAUAUGACUUAAACGGUAAUAUUGUCGGUGUCGUGGGUAUCGGGCAGGAUAUCACGGAUCGUAUCGCCCAAGAACACGAGUACUUCCGACUGAUUGAUACUGCGAACGCUCCGAUCUUUGGUAUUGAUAACAACGGCCGCAUUAAUGAGUGGAACCAGAAGAUCGAGGAGAUUACAGGUUACCACAAGUCGAAUGUACUGGGUUUGUCGCUGGUGCAUACCUUCGUGACUCCAGACUGCAGGCAGCAAGUGCGCCAGCUCCUGAACCAAGCACUGAUCGGCAUUGACGUUGGCGAAAUGGAGCUCCCGAUGACAACGAAGCGUGGCGUGUUCCUGUUGCUUCUAGUGAAUGCGUCGAGUAAGAAGGACAUGCACGGGAACAUCCGAGGCGUGAUCGGGGUCGGACAAGACUACACUGCGAGGAAGCACAUGGAGGCUGCCAAGGUGAAUUUCUUGGCUUCAUUUAGUCAUGAGCUCCGAACGCCGUUGAAUGGUGUGCUGGGUAUGUUGGAACUAUUGAAGGAACAGCCUCUGGAUAAGUCUAUCGAGCGGUAUGUGCACAUGGCGUACGUGUCGGGAUCUCUUCUCCUGAACCUGAUCAACGAUAUUCUGGACUUGUCCAAGAUAGAAGCUGGCCAUCUAGAGAUUUCCACGGCACCGUUCCAGAUGCACGACUUGCUGGACUAUUCAAUCGAGAUUUUCAAGUUUAAGGCCAAAGAACGUGGCCUGAAGCUUGAAUUAAAGUGCGGUGACAACGUGCCGAAGGCUGUGAUCGGUGAUGUGGUGCGUCUGCGUCAAGUGUUGCUCAAUUUGCUGUCGAACGCCAUCAAGUUUACGAACGAAGGCUCCAUCACCGUCGCAUGCAGCGUCGUCCACUCUCCGGAAUUGCCUCCUCAAUUCAAGAAACUGCUGUUCCAAGUUAUCGACACCGGCAUCGGCAUGGAUGCAGAGGAGAAAAUGCGUCUCUUCUCUCUGUUUACGAAGCUGGAACGUACGCGACAGAACAAUCCUACCGGAUCCGGACUGGGUCUUGCCAUUUGCAAGCAGCUCGCAGAACUUAUGGAUGGUUCUAUCGAUGUUGACAGUGAACUGGGCGUUGGCAGCAACUUCUUCUUUACUGUGGUGGUACGAUUGAUCGACGAGGUGGAUCCCAAACACGCGUAUUACUCGUCCGAGGACUUCCUGGACCCGUCGACGGCAUUACUCUCGCCUAAUGGAGGUGUCCGUGCUGGCGAAAACGGCGAAAAUUCAACUGUGCGAGCUGAAGUUCCGAAGCAGGCGCGUAUCCUGGUUGUAGAAGACAACGAGUUUAACUGGGAAGUGGUGAAAUGUUUCCUACAGCAAGAUGACCACCUGCUUCAAUGGGAAGUGAAUGGCCGCGAUGCAGUGAAGGCGUACAGCGAGAACCACACGGAGUUCGACUUGGUCUUCAUGGAUUGCGAAAUGCCAAUUAUGGAUGGCUACACUGCUACGAACGCGAUCCGAGAGUUUGAACAAAAGCACAACCUUUCGCGCAUUCCGAUCCUCGGAUUGACGGCGUACGCGAUGAGCGGCGACCGACAGAAGUGUCUCGACUGCGGAAUGGAUGAGUUUAUGGUCAAGCCCAUCUCCAAGCUGAGUCUUCGUAAGGCCAUCCGACAGUGGAUGCGUAUUCGCUAUCUGGGUCAACACAACGCUGCUCUUGGAGCUGUACCUGGAGUCGUGGGACAGCCUUUGACGCUUCGCAAUGGCCCCCGUCCGACUGCGAAAAGCCCCAUGCGGAUCCCUGCGCCAGCUCCAGGAGCCCUCACUCCGAUGCCAUCGUUUGAGAACGACCUGGAAGAUGUCACGCUAAUGGAUGCGGCCUCGACGGCCAGACUGGCGCCUGCAUCUCGUCACAUGCAACAACUGGAUCUUGCGCAGGCGAUCUCGAAUUUGGAGCUUGAUGAUCCCAUGUCGAUUGGUCUUCAAAGUGGCCGAGCGGUUCGGACAGCUACCCCGACGACGUCAAUCUUCAGCUUGGGUCCUUCCGUGAAUAACAUUGCGCGACAGACAAGUACCAACGAUCUACCGGAUGUGUUGAGGUUGUCCCGAAAUACUAGCGGGGCGUCUACAGCAACCCCGGCUGAACGAGAGAAGCCAACCGAGACGUCAACUACGUUGCCUUACGUGAAGACUCCGUUUAUUGGCGUGAUGAAUAGUCCAGCUCAACAUGGAGCGCGCUCCCCGCUAUCAAAUCCGACGCUGUGGAGUCACCCACCGUUCAACACGAAAGAUCUCCCCAGUGAACGCCCGCACGCUUGGUCUGGUCUUGCGCCGAAGAAGAAGGUAAGCUUCCACGAGGAACUUGAAGCGAGCCAUCCGAGCAGAACUGGACAUAGCAGCAUCGGUAGCAGUAUGCCUUCUGUAUUGGAGCACAUGGAAACUGGCAGCUCGAUGGAAGACGAUGCUGCAGUUACGGCGACCAUUACUCCUGCUCAGGGCGCGUUGGCGGUCUCCCAUUCGAUCGACCCGAUGAGCAUCGAGAUCCCGGAAGGAGACCCAGUGAACUACAGCUUGGGAGUGGAUCAGUGUGGAGGACAGGAAGGGCUCCUCUUGACGCUCUUGGAGAAGUUUGCGACGACGUCAGAAGCGAUCACGACUCGGGUCGUCGAGGCCCACGAACGCAACGACUUUGUCACUGCUCGUCGCGAAGCACAUUCCCUCAAGGGAUCGUCGGCUUACGUGGCUGCUCUUCGUGUGUCCAAGUGUGCCUUCCGCGUCCAAGUCGCGUAUGAGCAUCUGAUGGCACAGCAGGCAACUGGUGAAGGCUCCGACACCCUGGCCGCGAAGCAGAUCGUAGAUGACUCGGUCCGGUUGCUUAGGACGGAACAGCGACUGCUACGCGGAUAUCUUCGACGCAACUUCGAGUUCAAAAAUCAAGCUGGUCCGUCUCAAGUGACUCCAGGCCAACUACCUUACGAUGAAGACAAACCUACUGGCCCAUGCCUCGUCAUGUGA